AUGGUUGCCGAUGAUUUAUCAACCUCCAACAAGAGUGAUGGAUUAUGUGGUAAGGUGGCAAGCAAAAUGUCGAGAAUCCGAUGCAUUUUCCAAAGUUUGGAGUUGAAGACAUUCAUAGUGUUACUCGUGUUACUUCCAUCUGCGGUUGCCGGAAUUUACUUUCAUGGCCAGAAAGUCACCUACUUUCUCCGCCCUCUAUGGCAGUCACCACCCAAGUCUUUCAUCCACAUCCCUCACUACUAUCACGCAAACGUAUCAAUGGCUUCCCUCUGCAAACUCCAUGGUUGGGAGCUUCGCGAUUAUCCAAGAAGGGUAUACGAUGCAGUCUUAUUUAGCAACGAAGUCGACAUGCUUACAAUCAGAUGGAAAGAAAUCUACCCUUACAUAACUCAAUUCGUUCUUCUCGAAUCAAACUCCACCUUCACAAGCAUCCCCAAACGCCUCAAUUUCGCAAUCAAUCGAGAAAAGUUUGACUUUAUCGAGUCAAGGUUGACUUACGGGACAAUCGGCGGGAGAUUUAGAAAAGGUGAAAACCCGUUUAUCGAAGAGGCGUAUCAGAGGGUAGGUCUCGAUCAUCUUCUGAAAAUCGCCGGGAUUGAAGAUGAUGAUCUUUUGAUUAUGUCUGAUGUGGACGAGAUUCCUAGCGCUCAUACGAUUGAUCUUUUGAGAUGGUGCGAUGGCCCACCGCCGAUUGUUCAUUUGAAUUUGAACAAUUAUUUGUAUUCUUUCGAGUUUAAUUUGGAUCAUAAAAGCUGGAGGGCUUCUGUUCAUCAGUAUCAAAAGGGUAAAACGAGAUACGUUCAUUAUCGGCAGAGUGAUUACCUGUUGGCGGAUUCGGGAUGGCAUUGUAGUUUUUGUUUUAGGAAGAUAAGUGAUUUUUUGUUCAAGAUGAAAGCUUAUAGUCAUACAGAUAGAGUGAGAUUUUCUCAUUAUCUUGACCCGAAAAGGAUUCAGGAUGUGAUUUGUAAUGGUGCGGAUUUGUACGAUAUGCUUCCUGAAGAGUACACUUUCAGGGAGCUUAUUGGGAAGAUGGGUCCAAUUCCUCAUUCGUAUUCUGCAGUUCAUCUUCCUUCGUAUCUGUUGAGUAAUGUAGAAAAGUACAGAUACCUGUUGCCUGGUAAUUGCAUCCGGGAAGAUGGUUGA